ACCGGAAGUGUGUUAUACGUCAUCGUUUAUUGGGCUCAUCACAGUCACGAGAAAUUUGCCAGUAAAAAUUUUUCCUGUGGAUAAAAAGUGAUUUUUGUCAACCGUCAAGAUGGCUAUGAGUGAUCAAGAUGUCCAAAAACAGAUUAAACACAUGAUGGCUUUCAUAGAGCAGGAAGCCAAUGAAAAGGCAGAAGAAAUUGAUGCUAAGGCUGAGGAGGAGUUCAACAUAGAGAAGGGUAGGCUUGUCCAGCAACAGAGAGUUAAAAUCAUGGAGUAUUACGAGAGGAAGGAGAAACAGGUGGAACUACAGAAGAAAAUUCAAAGUUCCAAUCUUCUGAAUCAGGCCCGCCUUCGGAUUCUGAAGAUGAGAGAAGAUCUUCUGAGGGAUUUAAUGGAGGAUGCCAGAAAAAGACUUGGUCAGAUCACAACAGACAGAAAUCAGUACAAGAAGUUACUAGAGGGACUUAUAGCUCAGGGCCUGUUUCAGCUUAUAGAGGCAUCCGUUGUAUUGAGGUGUCGACAGAAUGAUGUUGACUUAGUGAAGGAAAGUCUUCCAUCAGCUGUACGGCAGUACAAGGAAGCCACAGGAAAUGACGUCUCCAUCACCAUAGAUACCGACAACUUCCUGGGAAAUGAUGUGUAAGUACUCAGGUGGUCAGAGUUGAGCUUUUUAUCGAA